AGCGUAGUUAAGGGUAGCUGGGCCAGUCAUAUUAGUGACCUCACCCACUUUUCAUUCAGCCUUGGACAGGGCUUAUCCUGCAAUCCAGCUCUCGCUGAGCUUUCUUGUCUCUUCCCACACAGGAACACAGAAGCAGCCCACACAUUCAGGAGUUUCGUGGAUUAUCCAUCAACAGGAGGCGUUUGGUAUAUUUUCCAAUUAUUCCAAUACAGGAAAUAUUCAUGAACAUCCUAGAGAGCUGGGGGGUUCCCAACAGGAAUGGUGCCUUUAUUCUUUUCUUUAUUACUGGUAUUUCUUCCACACUGUCAAGGCUUCCAAUGUUUGAAUGCAACUGAUCCCUGUUCAAACAGAGGGAAGUGUAUAACCAACAGUACCACCAAUGUUUCCAUAUGCCAGUGUACCGGUGGGUUUCUUGGAGAUCACUGUCAGUACGGUGACCCCUGCAUCACAGCACCUUGCAAAAAUGGCGGCUCCUGCUUAGCAGUAAUCAACAGUGACUCCAUUGGAUAUACCUGUUCCUGUCUACCAUCCUUCACCAGUAAUGACUGCCAGUCUCCUGUAAACAACUCCUGUCUACCAAACCCUUGUGAGAAUGGAGGAACGUGUGAAUUAAAGCCUGAAUCUGACUACAUCUGUAAAUGUCCACCCGGCUGGUUAGGUAAAAGCUGCCAGCGAGCUAAUUUGUGUGCUGCCAGACCUUGUACUCAUGGUGGUAUAUGCACUAAUACCUACGACCACUUUGUAUGCCAGUGUCCUCCGGGAUUCCAAGGCCACGUCUGUGAGUCAGACAUCAAUGAAUGUAACAGCAGCAGUACAGUAAGUCUGUGUCAGAAUGGAGGAACAUGUGUUAAUACCCCAGGAUCCUACCAAUGUUCCUGUCUUCCUGGAUUUACAGGACAUGACUGUGGCUCAUGGAUCAAUGCCUGCUCCCCAUCAGUAUGUCAAAAUGGAGGAACAUGUGAACAGACUGGAGUAUCCAAAACCAAGUGCUCCUGUUUACCAGGUUUCACUGGAGAGUACUGUGAGGCAAUUCCAACUGGAUGUCCUACAUUUCACUGCCAAAAUGGUGGUAAAUGUGUCCGAAGCCCUGGGACUAAAAGCAACUGUGAAUGCCCAACCCAGUGGACUGGACCUUACUGUAACCAUGAUGUUGAUGAAUGCUUACUACAACCGACAGUGUGCCAAAAUGGUGGCACUUGCCAGAACAAGGAAGGGGGGUACCAGUGUAUCUGUGUGAAUGGCUGGGCUGGCAUGAACUGCAGUGAAAACAUUGAUGAUUGCUUGACUGCCACGUGUGCCAAAGGAUCGACCUGUUAUGACCGGGUUGGUGGCUACACCUGCAAGUGCCCUCCUGGCAAAACAGGUUUACUCUGUCAGUUCGAAGAUACAUGUAUCAGCAAUCCUUGUCAUGAAAAGGCCACAUGUGACACCAAUCCAGUUUCAGGAAAUGCUAUGUGUCAUUGUCAGGCGGGCUUCACAGGACCCUUCUGCAAAAAUGACCUCAAUGAGUGCAAAAUGGGCACAAACCCAUGUGAACAUGCAGGUGUAUGUGAAAACACUGAAGGUUCCUUCAUUUGCCGUUGUUCACAAGGAUAUAUUGGCACCCGCUGUGAAAUUGACCUCAAUGAGUGCCAGUCUCAUCCCUGUCAAAAUGGUGCAACCUGUAUUGACUUGCUAGGAAAAUUUGAAUGCAUCUGUAUUCUAGGAUAUGAUGGAACAUUGUGUGAGCUUAACAAAGAUGACUGUAUCACAAAUCCUUGUUUAAAUGGUGGAUCCUGUACAGACCUCAUUAAUGAUGUGUCCUGCGAGUGCCCCUCAGGAUUCAAUGGCUCCAGGUGUCAGAAUGACAUCAACGAAUGUGAAAGCAGCCCAUGCAAAAAUGGAGGGAUAUGUCAUGAUGGCCCAGGACGAUUUAACUGUACAUGUCCUGCAGGAUUUGAGGGUGAGCUGUGUGCAGAGGAUAUUGAUGAAUGUCACAGUAACCCAUGUCACUACAGUACCUGCGUAGAUGGAGUCAACAAAUUCAGCUGUAUGUGUAUGAUAGGAUAUACUGGCAUUUUAUGUGAAACAAACAUAAAUGAUUGUUUCAUUAACCCCUGCAGCAAUGGUGCGACCUGCAGGGAUCUUGUAAAUGGCUAUGAGUGCCUCUGCCAUCCUGGAUCAACAGGUAUCCACUGCGAAGUUGACAUUGAUGAGUGUGGGUCACAGCCUUGUCAAAAUGGAGGAGAGUGCAAGGAUCAGCUAAACGGGUUCUACUGUGUGUGCUCAGAAGGCUACUUUGACCCAUACUGCACAUCACGAACAGACAACUGCACCAACAAUACCUGUGCACAUGGACUGUGUAAGAGUGAUUCUUUGGGUUUCCAUUGUAUAUGUGACCCUGGCUGGAGUGGUCAGAUGUGUAAUAGCAACGUGGAUGAAUGUGAGUCUGACCCAUGCCAGCAUGGAGGCACAUGCCAGGAUGCUGAGAAUGGGUACAGCUGCACGUGCACACAAGGGUUUACAGGUGUGAAUUGUGAGGAGAAUAUUGAUGAGUGUGCUUCAAACCCUUGUCAACAGCAUGGGCAGUGUCAGGAUCUCAUCGCUAGCUAUUACUGUAUGUGUAACCAGCGGUUCACAGGAAAGAACUGUGAAAUGAUAAUCAGUCCAUGUGAAUCAGAUCCAUGUCAAAAUGGAGGAAGCUGUUUGCAGUCAGAUGAUGCCAGUAGCUUCACCUGCGCUUGUCUGAAAGGCUGGCAAGGUCUUAUCUGUGACAUGGAUGUUGAUGAAUGCCUGCAGAAGCCUUGUCUCAGUGGUGGAAUGUGUAAUAAUUUUGAUGGCAAAUACAACUGCACAUGUACAGCGGGGUAUACAGGGCAACGCUGUGAGACAGAUGUAGAUGACUGCACACCCAAUCCUUGCCUGAACGGUGGAAACUGCACUGACCAGACUGACUCUUUCAACUGUAGCUGUGCCCCAGGUUUUAGUGGUGUGACAUGUGAAGAGGACAUCGAUGAGUGUUCCAGUGCUCCGUGUCAGAACGGUGGCAUAUGCACUGAUUACGUGGACUCAUACGUCUGUAAAUGCAAGGAGGGAUUUGAGGGAGUGCAGUGUGAGACAAACAUCCCUGACUGCACAGAAAGCUCCUGUCUAAACACAGGAACAUGUGUGGAUGGAAUUGCUAAUUACUCCUGCAUUUGCCCAGCGGGUUUCAUUGGAAGCCAUUGCCAACAUGAUAUCAAUGAAUGCAGUUCAGAGCCCUGUCUUAAUGGUGGCACUUGUCUGGAUAAGGUUGGUUCCUACCAUUGCAGCUGUCCUUUAGGAUAUUCUGGGACAAACUGCCAGAUGUUAAUUGACUGGUGUUCUACAACAGUAUGCAAAAAUGGAGCAAAGUGCACUCAGAAAGAUACUGACUUCCACUGCCAGUGUCAGAGUAGCUGGACUGGACAAUACUGUGACAUUCCAAAGGUCUCUUGCGAGGUGGCAGCACAAAAACAGGGUUUGGAAGGGAGGAAUCCCUGUCACAAUGCUGGGCACUGCAUAGAUGUUGGAAAUUCACAUUACUGCCAGUGUCGAGCUGGAUUUCGAGGUAGCUAUUGUGAGGAUGAGAUUGAUGAAUGUGAAGCCAAACCUUGCCAGAAUGGAGGCACCUGUAUAAAUUUAAUUGCCAGCUAUGCUUGCCAGUGUCCUCCUGGUUACAACGGGAAUAACUGUUCACAGAAUAUCGAUGAAUGUUCAUCGCAGCCCUGUCAGAAUAGAGGUAGAUGCAUUGACCUGAUCAAUGGCUACAACUGCUCCUGUCCUUGGGGCACACAAGGACAGCACUGUGAAAUCAACAUAGAUGACUGUGAGUCUGAUUAUAACCAAGUCAGCUCUCAGCCCAAGUGUUACCAUGGUGGAAGCUGUGUGGAUAAAAUAGGUGGAUACUCCUGUGCCUGCCCACCAGGAUUUGUGGGUGAACGAUGUGAAGGAGACGUGAAUGAGUGUCUUUCUAAUCCCUGUGAUAUCACUGGUACUCAGAGUUGUGAGCAGUGGAUUAACGCAUACCACUGUGUCUGCAAGCCAGGUUAUACAGGUGCACGCUGUGAAUUUGUGAUUGACAGCUGUAAGUCAAACCCCUGUAAAAAUGGAGGGACGUGUGCUAUAACUGUAAACACUCCAUUGGGCUUCACCUGUACCUGUCCUCAGGGAUUUGAUGGAGCAACAUGUGAGAAUGUUUUCCAAGACUGUGGAAGUUUACGCUGUUACAAUGGUGGCUCCUGUGAGUCACAGAAUAUCUGUAAAUGCCCACCCAAGUUCAGUGGCCCUGAGUGUCGUCUGUCUCAUUUUACUGCCUGUAGCAGCAGUCCAUGCCAUUUCAACAGCACCUGCAAUGAACUGGCCAGUGAACCUUACUUUCAGUGUACUUGUCCACCACAGUUCACCGGACACCGCUGCCAGUUUCCACUAUGGAAUUCUAAAGAAGAUUUGCUGAAGACAUGCAAACCACUUGCAGCCAAUGGUGUUUGCGAUCUGGUUUGUAACACCCAUGCGAUGAGUUGGGAUGGAGGAGACUGCUCCCUGACCUUUCAAAUGCCAUGGAUGAACUGCAGCACUGGGCAGCAGUGUUGGCAACGCUUCAAAAAUGGAAAAUGUGAUCCAGAUUGCAAUACACAUGAAUGUUUCUAUGAUGGUUUUGACUGCUUGAAACAGCAAAAGCCAUGCAAACAAUAUUAUGACCACUACUGCAAAGAUCACUAUGCUAAUGGGCACUGUGAACAGGGGUGCAACUCGGCGGAAUGUGGCUGGGAUGGCGGUGACUGUGACUCUGGCCAGAAGGAUAAUGAUGCCAAGGAUAUUUUAGUCAUUGUCAUCUCUGCUGCACACACUGGGCUUCUUCACAAUGAGACAGGCAGCCUUCUGAGGCACCUGAGCGUGGUGUUACUCACAAACAUGAAGCUAUGCAAAAACUCAGAUAAAAAAGAUGUGAUCUACCCCUAUUACAGUCAUGAAGACCUGCAGCAUAUCAAUGUCAGUCAGUGUGACAGCACAGACAGUGGCAUAAGGCACACUAAGAGAUCGCUUCCUUCAGAAGAAGGACCAACCGAUCAGAACUCGUCAGGCAAGAAAGUGAUCGGGUACAUUAUGCUCCUGAAGAUUGACAACAGACAGUGCUCUCGUGUUCCAGGCACCUGUUUCCAGACAGCCACAGAAGUAGCUGCAUUCCUUGCGGCACUGUCUGCCUCUCAAACUCUAGAACACAUGCUUCCAUUCCAGCUACUGGCUGUGGACUGGGCCAAACAGACAGAACCUGCUGAGAGUAGCCCAUUUCGUUGGGAACUAAUUUACAGCUCAAUUGCUGCCGGCUUGGCCAUCACCUUGGGAGUGCUGAUUGGGACACAAAUUGCCCGUCGAAACAAACGCAAGCAUGGUGCACUCUGGCUUCCUGCUGGCUUUACCAGACAUCGCGUCUCCAAUGACCGAAGACGGCGGGAACCACUGGGAGAAGAUGCCAUAGGACUAAAGCCUCUGCAUCAUGAAGCAGACUGUGAUGACGAUUCGGACAUUUUCCAAAAUCCCACCGCAGAUGGGCAGCCACCCAGUAAACGGAUGAAAUCUGAAGAACACAGCACAAUUUCAGAUCACAGGCAGUGGACAAAAAAGCACAUUAAAGCAGGAGUGCAUAUCCCACAGCUUAAUGCCUUGACUCCAUGCCAAGAAGAAAAUGAAUCCCUGGAUGUGGAUGUAAAAGGCCCAGAUGGUAUAACACCGCUUAUGUCAGCAGUUUGUGCUGGUGGAGGCCUGGAAGCUGACCAAGGAGAAGAAACCGUGUUGGAAGGGUCAGCCACUGUGAUUGCAGAACUUAUUGGGCAAGGUGCUAGCCUAAAUGCCCAAACAGAUGCAACAAGGGAGACUGCCCUUCACUUAGCAGCAAGGUUUGCUCGUGCAGAUGCUGCCAAAUGCAUGCUGGAUGCAGGAGCUGAUACCAACAUCCAAGACAAACUUGGACGGACACCAUUACAUACAGCUGUCGCAGCUGAUGCUCUAGGAGUGUUUCAGAUCCUUAUCAGAAGCAGGCUGACAGAUAUCGAUGCAAAAAUGAAUGAUGGGUCAACUGCACUUAUUCUCGCAGUCCGCCUAGCUGUGGAAAACAUGGCUGAGGAGCUGAUCCACUGCAGUGCUGAUAUCAAUGCAACAGACUGCCGUGGUAAAUCUGCAUUGCACUGGGCAGCAGCGGUCAAUAACUAUAAUGCUGCCCUUACCCUUCUGAGAAGUGGUGCCAGCAAGGACCUGCAGGACAGCAGGGAUCAGACACCAUUGUUCCUGGCAGCUCGAGAAGGAAGCUAUGAGACCACCAAAGUUCUCCUAGAACAUAUGGUGAACCGGGAAAUCCCUGAUCAUAUGGGACGUCUGCCCCGUGAUAUUGCUCUGGAACGCAUGCAUCAUGACAUCAUAUGCCUGCUAGAUGAUUACAGCUUGGGCCAGGGCACUAGUGCACUGUCUGGGUGCCCAACAACAUCUCCUGCUGUAUGUGGUUCCAAUGUCUACCAUGGCAAGCCAAAGAUGAGCGGUCUUCCAAAGAAAGUGCGGAAGCAAGACCUACGGAGUCCAAUGACAAAUUCCUGUCCUGCACCUACAGAUGAUGGCAGAAAUGGAAGACAUUGUGGGAAUGCUCUCUCCAGAAUUCGCAUCCCUGAACAAAUUGAGUUGAACAACCUUUGCCAGCCAAUGUCACCAACAAUGCAGAGCCCUACUUUACCAUCUCCAACUCAGCUCAGCAUCCCAGCAUCUGGGGCUCACUUCAGUACAAGCAACUUGAACUCAGCCAGUCACCAUGGAUAUGAUAGUUAUGGACUGACCUGUGAACCUGUGUCCCCCAGCACUGUUUUCCCAUUCUUUGGAAAUAGAAGUAGCUCCUUUUCAGGUCAAAUGGGACUAGCAUCUUCUGGCCAUCUCAAUAGUCCAUGUGACUGGAUUGCACUGGGACCUGGUGGAGUAAGGGAACCUGCCAUGCACAACUUUGUAAAUGGUAAUAUCUACAGGGGAACAGUGCACACAAGCCAAGCACCUGGCAGCCCUCAUUGUUCUAUGCCAAAUGUGAACAUCACCUAUGCUAACAUUCCAUCUUUCAGUCCAACAACACAAGGUCUGCAGACAACCUCUGUACAACAGCACAUAAUACAACACCAUAACAUGCAAUCAUUAGAGUUCCAAAAUUCAGAGAAAAGAAGUAAUCUACAAGUAAAUCAUCUUCCACAGAUGCAGUCCUGUAUGCAGCAGUCACAACAUUUGCUAAACCAUCAUCAACAAACUGGCCAGUCUAGAGAAUGGAUUCCUUGCCAUCAUCAAAUGCAGUCACAAGAACGUCAACUGUUUCAAAAGCAGAACCUCACCUCCAGCAGCCCACCAACCCAGAAUGUGGACCCAGAGAAUCAGUGUCCUUGCUCUGAACAAAGAACUGUAAUCCAGCAUCCAGAGACAGGACGGAAAUAUUCAACAUCAGCUGGAGACCACCAUAUAGGAAACAGCAAUGGAAGUUUGUAUUUAACACCACCUUCUCAGCAUAGUUAUCCAUCCCCACCUGGUACAAACCCCACACCUCACAACCACUUGUGUCACCCUUUCCCCACUCCCUCUCCCCAAUCUCCUGACCAGUGGUCUAGUUCACCCCCAUCAAAUAAGUCUAAUUGGUCAGACAACAUGAUAAGCCCUACAACAAUACCAUCAGAGGUGGAUGUGAAGUAAUCAUAAAAUGGCCAAAAACGAUGAAGAAGAAAGAAGACUUUGGGCAUAUUAUAUCAAAUGUAUAUAUAUAUAUAAUUAUCUUUCAUUUUAUAUUAUUUAUAAGAAACCAUGAUGCAGCCAUGUAGCUACUUUUGAGGAUUUUCUGGAUGUUCACUUCAGGCAGAUGAAAAGUAUUUGGAUGUAUCUACCCAUUUUAGAAGGAUGAUAUAAAACAACACAGAACAGUAAGGACAUAUAGUAUUUUGGAGAUAAACUCUUAAUUUCCCUGGCUAACCCCAACUUGCCGCUUAAACUUAAGAUUUUGUUCAGUUUCUGUUUUUAUGUUUCAAAAGCAACUAUUUCCAUCAGUAAGAUUUGCAUAUUGUGACUCAAUAACAUUUACUCAAAAAUUUACAUACAGACACUCUCCCCCACAUAUAUGUAUAUGGAUAGCAUAUACAAGUCCCAUGAGAUAAGGAACAUGCUCUCUGUCUCUUUUUAUUUUAUUCUUUUUUUAAGAAUUUGUUUAACUAAGGGACUUCAGUUCCAAUAAAAAAACAAAUAUUCAAAAAACAUCAGAUUUGGAGCCAACAAAUUAAGUGUCAUAAAGCGCAACUCAAACAGCCCAGGCCUUCUAUAUUUACUGUGUCCAUGGCAUGUUGCUGCCAUGUGUGUAAACUGCCAUUACCCACCUCCCCCACUUCGUAUACAGAAAGUCUGACUUUCAAAAGAAAUCUCAGAACAUAAACAGAUGAAAAGCUCAAAUCUAAAAAUAUGGAAAGGCUAAUUAAAGUUAUAAGAUUCUGUGUGACUGUGGCAUCUCCCCUUCUGUGCCCCACUAUUGAUAUAUGUCAGUUUGUGCCCCUCCCCCUUCCUCUGUUGGGUGGUAUGAAAAAAAAUGUGUUAUUUAUUUUUUUCUUAUUUCAUUUUCAAUCAUUUAAAUUUUAAUACAGGAAACUAUAUAUGCAUGAUUUCUUUCUAGAUGAAGACAUUGUGGCAUAAGCAUUUAUUAACUAGCCUUCCAUGAUUCAAGCAGCCUAUUUACUCCUGCGGAAUAGUACAGCAUUAUCUGGGAUGCCUUAUGCCAUGUUACCUGGCCAUUUCCUAAGAGCUAUGGUAGUGCACUCUAAUUAUAAUUGUCAAUAACCUAUAUGUGGGAUCUGUCUCGAAAAUAAAUAAAAUAAUAACUGUCUUUUUUGUUCUUUGGUAUACAACAACUUCUGAAGUCAUUCAGUUAUUCUGGUUACUGGAUAUAGGGUUAUAAGCCUUCUGGCACCUCCCAUGGAGAGGUUUGACAUUUACAUCACAGUACCCAGAAUGCAUAAACUGCUGUCAUCAUUUUUUUUUUACAUUAAUUGUUUUUACAAACUGGAUUUUCAUUACAGAAGUGAAAUAAUGGUUUUCCUGAAUAUUUGUCAAUAUGCUGUGGUGUUAGAAGCCAUCUAUCUCAUCCCAUAGGCAGUCUGAAGUUUAGAUCACAAUGCCCAGCAUGCACAAAAUGCUGUCAGCAUUUUUAAUAUUAAAAUGCUUUCUACCAGAUAUAGAGAGACUUCUUUAUAUAAACAGGAUCUUCAUUACAGAAGUGAAAUAAUGGUUUAGUAGGAUAUUUGUCAAAGGCUGGUUCAACUGGCCCUGGCCUAUAUCAGUCUUAAAGCCAGAGUGCUAUGUAAGUAAACUGGAGGAACUGGAGGGACAGAUCUUAGUCUAAGUGAAACACACUUUAUAAAAUGACAAGAUGCCUCACUGUUAGUAAUUUUUCCACAUUCUGAGUAUGUUGUUUACAUCCCAGUGUGGUUACUAAGUAGAAAUGUUCCAUUUAUCUUUAGCAUCUUGUUUUCCUAUUUUCAGUUUAUUGGCAUUUAUAACACUGUGGUAGCUUUUACUGCGGUCAGAUAUAAGUAGGUUACCCAACAUCUCUGCCUCCCUGAUAUCUCUUUCUACUUAAAGAAAAGUUUCCAUUGUUGGUAAUACCUAUAGAGUUGGUAAAAGAAGAGCACCAAAGAGCAAACAAACCUCCAGAGAUGUCUGUCUGCUGGAAAUGCGCAAGGCAGUUAAACUGACAUUUGACUCUAAAAGAAACCAAAUACUGGCUCAUUUAUAUACAGACUGCACCCCAAAGACUAUAAUGUGUGAAGUACAAUACUCAAAAGUCAUUCUAAGGCAAGGACAUCUUUUGGGGAGUACAGCUGAUCAAGAAAUCUCACCUCCAUGAAAGGAAGACAGGUACUUUUCAUUCACACCACCAUAACAUCCAAGCUAAUAUGACAUGUAUGUCUACGCUUUCUCAGUUUUUAUGUCAGGGCACUGGGGAGGGUGACCCUUAAGAAAGUAUUUCCUCACAUCCUAACUAAAAUGUUGUUCUUGACAUAUGUGGUGGAAAGCAUCAAUCAACUGACAAAAUAUUUUGUUUGAGAACAGGAGGACAUAAAGUAGAAUAAAACUGUCCUGCUUCA